AUGUCGCUCAGAGCCACGAACAUGGCGGACUUCCAGCACAUUCUGCGGGUGCUGAACACCAACGUCGACGGCCGGGAGAAAGUCGUUAUUGCCCUCACUGCGAUUCGAGGAAUUGGAAGAAGAAUUAGCACUUUAAUCUGCAAAAAAGCCGACAUCGACACGGACAAAAGGGCCGGCGAACUCACUGCAGACGAGAUCAGCAAGAUCGUGGCGAUCGUGGCGAGUCCGACGCAGUUCAGCAUCCCGUCCUGGUUCCUGAACCGGCAGAAGGACGUGAAGGACGGAAAGUCCCGCCACGUCUCCGCGAACAACUUGGACUCCGUCUGGCGCGAAGACUUCGAAAGGCUGAAGAAAAUGCGCCUCCACAGAGGCCUGCGCCACUACUGGGGCCUCAAGGUCCGCGGGCAGCACACCAAGACCACCGGCCGCCACGGCAGGACCGUCGGCGUCGCCAAGAAGAAGGCCUGA